CUCAGCAACGUGCCCGUUCCUAUCAGUGAAGCAAAGUGUGUACGUGUGUGCAUAAUCGUCACCAGACAUUCGAGAUGAAAAGCCGCAGUUGCUGGGCACAAAGCCGAGUGGCUCUGAACAAAGUAAACACUACUUUCCUCUUCUUUCAUCACUAACGACAGCCUCUUCCUCUUUUAGACUGGUCUUCUUCUUCUGUGAUAACCGAAGGGUACAAAGUCUCCUUCAAAAAGGGAGAAACAAACUACGUCCAAGUAAAGAACCUUGAAGCCCACCCUCCCAAACAAACUAAUAAAUAAAGAAAUAAGGAUAAGAGAAAAUGAAUGUUCCGGGGGCUUUUGUUGGUUUCGUAGAGGGUGAAGAGAAAACAGCCGAGAAAAAAAAAGGAGGGGCAUAGUGAGUUAGGUGUUGGGUCCUCUGGCUACCAACGGGCAGCAGUCAGACGAAAACAGUUGGAGCGAACGAGCGGAUUGUUGGGUCUCCCGUUGAGUCUUUGUAUUCCACGCGAACACGCAACAGGUGUCUGUGACAAGUUGCGAUUCAAUCAGCAAUAGCAAACUACUAACGGUACAGUUCGUUUGUUUAGGCUCUGAUCGAAGCUUCUUUUUUAUCUUGUUACAAGUACGCUUUAUCCAAGAAGCGAAAAAUUCCAGUUGUGACUUGGCAUUGUUUAAAAGGCCAUGAUUGUUCCGUUGCAGCUCGUUUGGCUGCCUUUUCAUAGCUGGUUUACGCUCCAACGCAAACUAGUUGUCAGUGAUAAUUCUCCUUAAAAAUUAGCGCCAAAUUUAUCUCCCCGCCACCCAACGAGAAAUAACUGAUCGACGAAAAGAUUUUCCAAUCGUCAAAGCCCUUUCAAGUUGGCUGAUUGGGACGCACUGCUUGUCAGUGUCAUUUCUACAUUUAAAAAACUGCAUCAAGAUGAUGCUCGUUAACAAAAUCUGUGCUGCGAUCCUUUUGGUGGGCCUCAGACUCAUAGCUGGAUUGCUACCUUUAAAAGUGUACCGAAAACUUGAUAAGUGGGGGCAACGCGGAGAUCUUAAAGCGGCUGAGAAGCAAACAGUGAAUAAACGCCGAAAACGGGUCGAUUUGUUCCUGUCCGUCUUUCUGUGUUUCGGCGCAGGAUUGUUACUUUCCACCUGUUUCAUUCACAUGAUUCCAGAGGUACGCGACUCCCUCGACAAGGUAAUUAAGUCUGGAGAAUACCCUGUUUUGGAACAAUUCCCAUUCGCGGAGGGCAUCGUUUGUUUGGGUUUCUUUGCUGUUUAUCUAUUCGAAGAGCUAGGUGAACUGUUAACAGGCCAUGGUCACUCCAAGAAGACCAAGAAGAAAACAAAUACUGUGGGAUUAUCGAAUUUAAAUGCUGAAAAUCCAGUAAAGACGAUUACCUCCGAUUCGGAAGAUGAUCAUCACAAAUUGAGGACUGUUACAAUUUCCAACGCUGAAGACAAAAAUAACGUGCCUACCCCGAAAGAGGAAGAAACAGACGACGAUUCUGACCAUGGAGGCGGACACCACGGUCACAGUCACGGGCCCCCCAUACUAUCAGACCUGGAACAACGAUCAGUGGCGGCCGCGAUACGAGGUUUCCUUCUGGUCUUUGCCCUCUCGUUCCAUUCCAUUUUCGAAGGAAUGGCCAUUGGUUUGCAACCGACUCUUAAAGAUGUUUGGUUCCUUUUUGCGGCUGUCACAAUCCACGAGCUCGCUAUCAUGUUCUGUAUCGGUAUGGAGAUGUUAGCUUCCCACAUCCGCAUCUGCCUUUACGUCGCCUACAUGGUUACUUUGGGCCUUAUUACUCCCAUCGGAGUUGCAAUUGGUAUCUUGGUGACUGAAUAUUUCCAAGAUCCCACGCCUUUUCAUACCCUCAUCAUCGCUAUCCUGCAAGGCAUCGCCGCCGGAACGCUUCUUUAUGUGACAUUCCUCGAAGUGCUGGAACGCGAGCGGAGAAAAUCAGGAAAUGGAUUAAUCAAGCUCUUCUCCGUCUUCCUUGGCUUCAUCCUCCUAUCGGCACUUGAAGCACUGAGCGGUCACGGAAAUCAAGCGGAUCAUCACGAAAAUCAAGCCACUGCAGGACUGGAGUUUGUUUUGCAGCCUGUCACAACACCGCAAUACUUUUUCUAUUCACCAAAGGUUUAAAAGAAAAGCUGUUAAUCACGACGAUCCAUGGUCGAUGAUGUUCCUGUGACAACCUAUGCAACAUUCCCAAUUUUUGUAAACAAAGAGAAAUAAAGACAAAUCUUUUUAUUA